AAUAUGAAGUAGGCCUCCUGUUUUUCUCCCCAACCCGAAGUCCUCCUGGCCCCCACCACCUCGCUGCAACGCUCACAAGUAAGCAAAACACGGAGGCUGCUUUCGAUUAUUCGUCAAGGUGAGGUGUGGUUUGCACACACAAGAUUUGUCAGCAACUCAAAGGCUGCGAUCUCAAACAGCUAAUUAUACCAACAAGUGACAUUCCAGAAGCAGGUUUGCUUGACCACCAUGUCCUUCCUGUGGCCUGGUGCCCUCUCAUGACCCCAAUGACCUCAGCUCCACUUUUGACCCCAAACCCCUUCUACAACCCCCUGAGAAAAUACGUUAACUGAGCACGUGCAUAGGCUGCAGUGAGGUGGUCUUCCAAAUGCCUACCUCACGCCUAAAGAACAAAUCACUGCAGCCACAGCCCUGAUUAGCAGCCACCAUGACAUCAAGCAUAGGGGAUGAUUGUAGCAUCUUUGAUGGGUUGAUGGAAGAAGAUGAAAAGGACAAAGCAAAACGCGUGUCCCGUAACAAGUCUGAGAAGAGACGGCGAGACCAGUUCAAUGUCCUCAUCAAGGAACUCGGCACAAUGUUGCCUGGCAACACUAGAAAGAUGGACAAGUCCACCAUCCUGCAGAAAAGCAUCGACUUCCUCUGUAAACACAAAGAGAUUGCAGCUCAGUCUGAGUCGAGUGAGAUCAGGCAAGACUGGAAGCCUCCAUUUCUUAGCAAUGAGGAAUUCACCCAGCUCAUGCUGGAGGCUCUUGAUGGGUUCUUUAUAGCAAUAAUGACUGAUGGCAACAUCCUCUAUGUGUCUGAGAGUGUCACUUCACUACUAGAACACCUCCCGGCGGAUUUGGUGGACCAGAACCUGUUAAACUUCCUGCCGGUUGGGGAACACUCCGAAGUGUACAAGGCUCUGUCCACACACCCCUCUGAGCUAGAGAACCUUAGCACUGAUUACCUAAAGUCUAAGAGUCACAUGGAGUUCUGCUGUCAUAUGCUGCGAGGGGCCAUUGACCCCAAAGAAUCCCCUGUUUAUGAAUAUGUUAAGUUCAUCGGCAACUUCAAGUCUCUCAAUAACGUUCCCAAUGUGACUAGGAACGGUCUGGCAGGGGUGUUACAGCGGUCGCUACAACCUGCCUUUGAUGACCAGGUGUGCUUUGUAGCCACGGUCCGGCUAGCUAAGCCUCAGUUUAUCAAGGAAAUGUGUACGGUGGAGGAGCCCAAUGAAGAGUUCACGUCGAGACACAGUCUAGAAUGGAAAUUCCUCUUCUUAGACCAUCGCUAUGCAGAGGUGAGGGCAGAACAGCGCAGAGAGCUCGGCAUCGAGGAGGCAAAUCCAGAAGUCACUGCAGAUAAGAGUCAAGACUCUGGCUCAGAGUCACAGCUCAAUACGUCCAGCCUGAAGGAGGCACUGGAGCGAUUUGACCACAGUAGAACACCUUCGACUUCCUCGCGGAGUUCCCGCAAGUCCUCAUCGCAUGUGUCUGACAACACCUGCACUUCGACAGCUCCCAAGUUACACAUGGACACGGCCACACCCCCUCGGCAAUCAUUGGCAUCCACCAUGGAGAUGACAUCACAGCGCCGGUCAUCUAUCAGCAGCCAGUCUAUGAGCUCUCAGACUACAGGGCAGAGUGUAGCUCCUGGUAUGAUCAAUCAGCAACAACAACAGCAGCAGCAGCAGCAGCAGCAGCAACAACAACAACAGCAGCUCCAGACAAAUGUGCAGCCGGUGAUGGAGUUCUCAGCGCAGGUGAAUGCCAUGCAGCACUUAAAGGAGCAGCUGGAGCAGAGGACCAGAAUGAUCCAGGCUAACAUUCAGCGGCAGCAGGAGGAGCUCAGACACAUCCAGGAGCAGCUGCAGAGAGUCCAGGGGCAGGGUAUACAGAUGUUGCUGCAGCAGCAGGGUGGACCCAUGAAUGUACAGCUUCCUCAAGUAGGAUCAGUCCAGCAGACAACUACGUUGACCAAUCAGGUCCAGCAAACAACAAUUAACCCCGUCCAUUCGGGAACUCAGCAGCUCACCAUCCAGCAGCAGGCUCCUCCCACUCAACAGAGCUUACAACAGCAGACCAACACCCUUACGCAGCCCCAGCGUCAGACUCAGCAAGCUUCUCAGCCUCAGCCCCAACCCCAGCCCCAGGGCUCUGUAUCUGCUCCUUUAUACAACACAAUGAUGAUUUCCCAGCCAGGACAGCCAAAUGUGCUGCAGAUCAGCACCAGCCUGCCGCAGAAUAACACCCAGCAAGGCACAGCUGUGGCCGCUUUCACCCAGGACCGACAGAUCCGCUUCCCAGCAGGGCAGCAGCUUGUGACCAAGCUCGUGACAGCUCCAAUGCAUGCAUGUGGUGCAGUCAUGGUUCCCACUUCUAUGUUUAUGGGGCAGGUGGUUACCGCAUACAACCCCUUUGGGAGCCAGCAGCAAGGGGGGCAGACCCAAACGCUGACUUUGCAGCCGGCCCAAGCACCUCAAGGACAACCAGACGGCCAAAACCAGACAGCUGUAGUGGCACAAAGCAACCAGCAGGGGCAGCAGCAACAACAGCAAUUCCUACAGGGCCCUCGUCUUCUCCACAACAACCAGUCUACGCAGCUGAUCCUGCAGGCAGCUUUCCCACUCCAACAGCAGGGAACCUUCACCCAGGCAACACAUCCACAGCAGCAACAACAACUGCAGCAACAACAACAACAACCGCAGCAACAGCAGCAGCAGCAACAACAAUCUCACCACCAGAGGCACCAGCAGCAGCUUAAACCACAGCCCCAGAAACAGCAGAAAGCCCCGUCAUCGCACAGGACUGACGCUGUCAGCAGCCAACAGCAGUGAAGCGAGGAGGGGAGUGUGUACAGCGAGAACAUGUGGGGAAUCUAAACUCUUAAGGGAUUGCUGCAUACGUUUGCUUUUUUUGUUUUUUCCCCCCGAAAUCGUUCCUCCAUCUGAAAGAAACAAAUCAUAGGAAAGAGGAAAAUGAGUCCACAAGGAACUCGCCAAAAGACUGUCACCAUGGCAACAGGAUGGAUUCAAAUCCCCAUUUCCUCUCAUGAGAAGCGGUGUUGUGAGGGAAGCUUCAGUUUCUGUGAAAACCUGAAUUAAUUGCUUUAUGGUCACUUUUUUUGUUUUUUGUUUUUUGUUUUUUUUCUGAGAAGCGUGUCAAAGUGAACUGGCCUUGUACAGAUUUACUGUAUGAUACAAACAAAAACUUGUAAAUAUCCACCAUAGCCUAACAGAAAACAGAAAUGUAGUAUUUUAUAUGAUUGCAUGGAAAAAAAUAACUGUGUAAGCUUUUAUUAGUUGCUUUAAAAAAACAAACAAAAAAAAAACCAACAUAACUUUUUACUUUGGUCAAGUGUGGUCAAAGAUGGAGCACUGACUCCUCUUAGACCUCCCCGCCCUACCACCACCACCACCAUCACCCCUCCCAGGAAAAAAAAAUUAAGUCCAGAACAAGGUUUUAAAGUUCUGAGUGUUUUAAAAAAUGGUUGGGCUUGGGUGUUUUUUGUGGAAGUUGUUUUUUGAACACUGUGUCUCUGAGACAAAAAAGGCUCUCUUUCUAAUUACAGAUCAUGUUUGGCAAGAAACUAGAUUACAGUUUAACUGUAUUAUUUACAGGAUAAUUACUGUACAUAUGACGGGUUUAGUGAUUCCAAGUGCCAAUAACAUAGUCAAAAAAUUUUUUUUACUUUAAAUUUCAAGCUGACUAUUCAAAGGCAUAUAUUUUCCAACAAGAUAUUACCCCUGUUAAAAUUAAUGCGUGUGUAUAUAGUAGGGAUUAUUUUUUAAAAGUAAAAGAGCCCUAUAUGUAACAAAACAGUAUAUCCUCAAGCUCCUCAACUUUAGCACUUAACGUGGUUGUGUACGAUAAAUCACUGUCGACCCUGUUGUUUGUAAUCUGUGGUGUGAUUCUUUGAGCUAAUGAGUGUUUCUGAGAAAACAAUCUUUGUGUGAAUGAGUGAACAAGAGUGUCUGUGGCUGGUGUGUGUGUGUGUGUGUGUGUGUGUUGCCCCUUGUGUCUUACAAUAAUUGACUUAGUAAAGGGUUUGAAGUUGUUGGAUGGUACUUGUAUUCUCAGGAAUGUGGAAAGUUUUUGCUUCUGCCUCAGUCUGGAACCAGACCAGAAGGAUUAGACAGUGAUGCUGCAAAGACCAUAGGAAGAAGAUUCAUAAAGGAAGUGGUGACUGAAUCAAAUUUGCCCCAGAUUUCUUUAGAGCCUUCGUGUUUAUUUAUCAAAGCAUAUAAAAUAUGCUGGUGGGUUUUUUUGUUUUUGUUUUUGUGGGGGUAGAUUUUGAAAUGCAGUAGAGCAGAAUUGCAGAGAAAUCCUUCUGUUGUCACUCUUAUUGGAAUAGGCUAACCUCACUUUACCCAAGCAUCUGAAUUUCAGCUGACUAUCUUAAGGUCUCCUGUAUCAUCAGUGUUUCGUCCUUCUUUAUCUUCCUAGGCCUCAGAAAACCUCAUGCAGUCCAGUUCACUUGACUCUCGGUUCUCAAAUAGCAGUCAAAAACCAGGACAGGGUCCCGCUCCACUUUAAAUGGUUUGGGCUCAGCCUGUGUACUUCAGUGAUUAAGCCAUAUCAUACAGAAAAGCCUUGGUUUGGAGGAAGUGAAAUGUUGGCAAAGGAGCAUUUAGAAUGUGUUUUGUCUCAGAGUGUAGUAAAAGUGUGCAUGUGGGUUUUUGUGAAUAUAACAUCUCCUGUCCUUGAUCCUACUUCUUAUAUCACUUGGGGAUCAGUAUUUCUUUCCCCUGGCGAUAGCCAAUCAGUUCUUGCGUUGCAGUAUAAAGGAAUUGUAAUUUUCAAGGAACGUCUGCUCCCGUUGGGCGCAGUAUUGUGCGAGCCCGUGUGUGGGACAGCUCAACUUGAAUAUGUUUGUGUGAUUGAGUCUGUGUGCAUGUUAGCUGUCGCUUUAACCCAGUAUAUUUUCGUGCACAGAAGUGUGACUGGAAAGUGGUUAUUAGGCAUUGCAGAGCACUGGUCACCUGCCAGGCUAAAGAAGAUGGGUACUGUUCUGCUCACAGUGACUAUAGUACUAUCUGACAAGUCUCAAAUGUUAACCCUUGGAGAUAAGCUUAACUUAGACUAAAUUGCUGUUAGAGGGGAUAAAACCUCAUUUCUUGUUUUCCCCCCCAUACAAAUAAGGAAUAGUGGCGAGAUUACACAGUGAGGGCUUUAAUAUUUGAAUCAGGUCUUCCACUCGUCUCACAUUAAUUGUUUGUCCUGUAUAGAUUAGUGUGUUUGUGCAUGUGUGCGUGCGUGUGUUUUAAGGCAACUCUAAAGGGUAAUGAAAUGUUUAUAGUUUGUGUCACUGAUACCCAGCCCAAAGAAUGUAAUGGUGUUUUAAAGAGACUAAUGGAUGUUGUAACUGUGCGCCUGUUUGACAGGCUUUAUGAUGAAGGAAAUGGAGGGGUGUGAACGAAACUCACGAUUCACUGCAAGAAUCCAGAACUUACAAUCUGAAAUUCAGUCUAUUGUAAAAGAACCUCUGAAUGUUUCACCAUUACAGACUUUAUUGGUUUGCAGCAAUAUGUUUCUGACAACAUCUUGGUUGGGAAAAGGGUUCAAAAUCUCUUCAAAGUUGAGGUCUAGGAUAUUUGAUACGGGACGCCAUUGACAAGACGGCGAGCUCCCCCUUCCACACAGAUACACAGGUCACCUUUCCACUACACCGUUUGGUUCUAAACAGUUCUAGAUCUAGUAUAAUACUGUACACAUACACAAAGUUAAAAACACCAGUAUUCAGUGUAAAAACGGUGCUAUGCUAACCUGUACUGUAUGUAUUUCUAUCCCUUCUUCUGCUCUUGAACUGUGCUCCUUUAUCUACCCCAAAGUCAGAUGUAAUCAAUAUUUUGAAGCAAAAUGUUUGCUAACAUUAUUAUUAUAAUCCCCUCUUCUCCCAUCUUGGUCAAUUUGAAAAUAAAAACAGUUGCAAAUAUUAAAUGUGA